CCAAGUGGGGGUAUUUCCAGCUUCGUGGCUUUCACUUCCACUUCUACCAAGUGGGUGGAGUGGCCUCCUGUGGACCAAUCAGAUUCUUUCUGAGACCCAUCUUCAAAAGUGAACCUCGGGUCCAGGAUCCCAGAUACACAGGGAGCAGCCACAGCAGCAGAAGGUGUGGGCAAGACCAGAGGCCAGACAGACCAUGGAGGACCAGCGCGACCUCAUCUCCAACCACGAGCAGCUGCCCAUGCUGGGCCAGCGCCCCGGAGUCCAGGAGAGCAAGUGUAGCCGUGGAGCCCUCUACACAAGCUUUUCUGUGCUGGUGGCUCUGCUCUUGGCUGGCCAGGCCACCACGGCCUACUUCCUGUACCACCAGCAGGGCCAGCUGGACAAGCUGACAGUCACGUCACAGAACCUGCAGCUGGAGAACCUGCGCAUGAAGCUUCCCAAGUCUGCCAAGCCUGUGAGCAAGAUGCGGAUGGCUACCCCCAUGCUGAUGCGGGCACUGCCCAUGGAAGGCCUGCUCCAGGAGCCCAUGAAGAAUGCCACCAAAUAUGGGAACACCACACAGGACCAUGUGAUGCACCUGCUGCUGAGGUCUGACCCCCUGAAGGUAUACCCGCAGCUGAAGGGGAACUUCCCAGAGAACCUGAAACACCUUAAGAACACCAUGGAGGGCCUGGAUUGGAAGAUCUUUGAGAGCUGGAUGCAGCAGUGGCUGUUGUUUGAAAUGAGCAAGAACUCGCUGGAGGAGACACCCACUGAGGCUCCUACCAAAGCACUGACCAAGUGCCAGGAAGAGGUCAGCCACGUCCCGGCCGUCCACCCGGGCUUGUUCCGUCCCCGGUGCGAUGAGAACGGCAACUAUAUGCCGCUCCAGUGCUAUGGCAGCAUCGGCUACUGCUGGUGCGUCUUCCCCAACGGCACCGAGGUCCCCCACACCAGGAGCCGCGGGCGCCGUAACUGCAGUGACCCGCUGGAGAUGGAGGAACCGUGGUCUGGGCAGGGAGUGACCAAGCAGGAGCUGGGACUAGGCCCCAUGUGAGAACCGCAGCCAGAGAUUAGCUUCCAGCCAGCCGGGCAUGACCACAGCUUCUUCGCUCCCUUAACCUGACACCACAGCAGACCCCCACUCUGCAUACACACAUGUCAUGGACAUGCACAAAUGCUAAACAUGUGCACACUUGUGUGCUUACAUACACACACAUACACAUACACACACACACACACACACACACACAGAGCUUUGAGCUCCAGGUCCUCAGCUUUUCACCCAGUUUAACUGGAGUAAGAGCCACCUUCUUCCUCCCUCAGGAACCACCAGCCUCCCUCCAUCUCCUUCUUCUGUCAAACCCCAGUUCCCCCCACCCCUUCACCAAGCUUGUCGCCAGCGCUGAGGGCCUCAGCUUGUGUGAGAAUAAAAGGUAGUAAGUAG